AUGCUUAUAUCGUUUCAGUCACCUUGCUCAUCGUAUCCUUGCCAGAAUGCAGGCGCUUGUGAGACAAACUAUACAAAUAAUACUUUUAAAUGCAUCUGUGAGAAUGGUUUCACUGGAGAGUACUGCGAGAAAGGUAACACUGUUAAGCAUAUAAAAAUUAGUACGUAGCGAUCUUACUAACUUUAAGAUUUUGAGUAAAAAAAAAUAACAUUCGAAGCUAGCAAUUCAUUUGAAUGUGAUAUUGUUAACCCAAAGGCAUGCUUUUUUAUCAGGUUUCUCAUAACUGGUUUCCAUCUGAUGCAGCUGCUAACUUAUGCAUUUUUCAUUUCUUAAAGCACUGAAGUCUUGUAAAGAAAUAUAUGCCGCACACAAGUAAGUAACGUGCGUUUUCAUAAUCAUUACAGAAACGGCAAAAGUGGGACAAUUAUCACUAUGCCAUGCAACAUCGCUUUCAAUAUCAUAAUUAUAAUCUUUGACAUGAUCAUUACUAACAAUUUUUUUCAUUAUUGCUAUCAUUGUCAUUAUCAAUGUAAUUAGUACUAUUAGUAUUACCAUUAUAAGUUUGAAUUACUUUAAAAAAAUUAGUGUCCGCGACAGGCUUAACGUGAGUCAGUUUGCUACUCUGGUCAUAAGCGAGAAACCAGUCUCUCUUCUUUGUCACAUGGGAGAUUUUGGAUGUGGUGAUGGAGGAUGGACGCCGGUCAUGAAGAUUGACGGCAACAAGGUUUGAGUUUUCCUCUUUUUUUUUUUUUUCUUUUUUUUUUUUUUUCAUCAAAAGUAAUUGCCAAAGCAUUAUGGCCAACAUGUUAGAGUGCGUCCAUCAAAACAUGAAUAAUGAGAAACCUGCACCGAGUGGGUCGAUCUGAAAUUAAAGCAACGCUGGAAUAAAUUUGAAUAUUUCGUUUUGAGAAGUAAUAGCCUAACUUUUUCUAGAUAAUCCUUUUAAGGUUCGUUCGAAAUGAUCAGCCGUAUUUCUUUGAAACAAGAUAAGAUUAUAGUUUUAGAAUUUUGUAUUCCUGAACAAUGUAGAAAACAUGAACGAAUGAGUUCUCAUUCUUAUACAGGACACCUUUCACUUUGGCAAAUCUUUUUGGACUGAUGAAAAGGAAUACAAUCCUUUUGGAGGUGAAACUGGGUUUGACCAGCAAGAAACAAAGCUACCCAGUUAUUGGAACACAUCCUUCUCCAAGAUCUGUCUCGGCAUGAUGUUCGACCAGCAGCUCAGGUUCAUUGUCAUCUCAAAGCAAGCCGACUCUCUGUAUUCACUGAUCGCUGACGGAAAAUAUCGCAGUACAUCCCUGGGUCGUGACACGUGGAAGAAAUUACUUGGUGAUCAUGCCUCUUUACAGCUCAAUUGUAAUAAGGAAGGGUUCAACAUAGAAUGUCAUAAUAGCGAGGCAUCUGCAAGGAUUGGCAUUGUGACAAAUAACGAAGAUUCCUGCCAUUCGUGUGACUCCAGGCUCGGGUUUGGCACAAAAGGAAGAAUUGAUGCCAAAAACACUUGUGGAAACGUGGCUCUGACUAUGCACAAGGCAGAUAAUGGAGACAAACGCAUCAAAGCCAUGGGUUACGUAUUGGUUCAAUGAAUGGAGUUUACAUUACUGAUCAAAUUUGUCUUACAACGCUGUUGCAGUUAUAAGGAUAAUCUGCUUUCACUUGAACCCCAUUCACACCGGCAAAACAUGUUUAGUUAAAGCGGUUUAACUGGAAGAAAUUCAGAGACAGAGAACCCCCCAAAAACUAGUUUUUUUUUUAUAAGAUUAAGAUGUCACAUACUUCUAUGUUCAGUGCGCUAAAUUUGAAGUCAACCGACAUUAGUUUAAUUAGCUUUUAUGAAGAAAAAUUUAAACCGUGAUUAACAAAACAGCUUUAGAACAUGUUUAAGCUCUGGUGUGAAAGGGUCAUUAGUUUAUCUUGGUGAGUGAUUGUAAGACUUUAAAUUGUGCGUCUCACGUCAUGAUUACUAAAUAAUAGGUCCAAUGAGUAUACUCAAUGUGAUUGGCCGAUGUAACUAUCCAAGAAAAGGUGUCCAAUUUAAACCAUUCGUCCGUUUACAACUCUUCACAAUAAUUUAUGUGAAAUAAGGCGGUUUAUCCACCAAUCAUAUUCGAGGAAAUUGAGAUGGUUAUAAUUAACUGAGGAUUAUGCAAAUUCGUCAGAAGUAGAGGCACUCUCGUUAUCUAUUACAGGGUGGCCGAGUGGUUAGGGGCUCUGGGCUUGUGAUAUGUUGGUUCCUGGCUCAAGCCUUUCGCCUUGCUACUAACUGGAUUUUUUCUCGGUUGCCUUAAGCUCUAUGGCUGCGCUUUGUAUAUAGUCAUUGGUCUGCUCAAGAAAGUUGGGAUUUUUUAAAUAUUUUAUUUAUUGACAAUGUUUGUUUCCAAUUGGUUCGUACUGGCUUUGAAAGUAUGCAUACAUACAUUCUUUUUCCAUACAAGUUAUGAGUUAUUUACUAAAUUUAAGAGGCUGUGCGCAUUAAUCUGUUAAAAAAAUGUAAUAAAAUUUGAAUGCGACGGGAUAAGCCCAUAUCGUAAAAAGAAAUCACGCAAGUGUUGUAGCAACAAAGUUUUCUUUAAUUUUAAUUUCCUUGGGAAAUAAUCAAUGGAUAGCUAUAUUGUUAACUUUUUAUCUUUGGGCCAUUCAUUUGAAUUACUUGCCCUAACUUUACUUCAAGAGAAAAAAAAGAAACAUUCUCGAAUAAAAAACUCAAAGACAUAGACAAAAUUGUACCGAGUAAGGGAACUUCCUUUGACGAGUUUUCCUUUAUAACGUAUUUUGAUGAAUUGUCACUUUUUCUUGACAGAGAGUGAGUUCACAGGCACCUAGGUCGCUCUUUGGAGAUCGUGAAUUAGACUUCUAAAGAGUGCAAAUAAUUCUCUUCGCGAGAAUAUUUGAUGGAUUUAAAACCAAUUGUCUGUAUUUCUAUUAUUAGUUUCCAAAUUACCCUAGAAAAACCCAUUCGAUAUUAAGAGUUCAUUCCAAAUCACAAGGACAAGUUAGACAAUAGUUGACGCAAUCGAAGGGACUUGUUUAGUUUAGAGCCAUGGUAUCAGUUAGUUCGGAUAUUCAGAAUAACUGACUGUAACAGCAUCCUUGGAAGACCACAAUAAAUUCUUCUACAUGACAAGACAGGUGUAUCUGCCUUUUAUUUUUCACUUCUAUACAAUGCAAUGGAAUUAAGGACCCCAAAGGCAUAUCUCCUUUUGAAACUUCCUUAGUUGUUUCCGUCAAAUCUCCCCUCCCUUCUCUCCCCUCGCCCCGGUUGACAAGUAACGGUGUUUGAGAUUAAUGUUUAACGAACUUAUCAAUUCCCGGCUGAGGUUCCAUGGCAAUUUUCUAGCAAGAGACAAAUUAUCUUGUUAGCUCAGAAGCCAAGAAAACUUCUGCUGAACCUUAAUUAAUGAAAGAUGGAAAGCUGAAUGAUUAUUGGAUUUCAACGAGUUCUUGGGACAGCCUAGAAAUACUCUUUGAAUCAUUAUUGUUAUUACUAUGGGCAAAUUUUCAACAGGUACCUAACAAUGAUUAUCAUAUUAUGACACCCUCGGCCAAUUAGCUCUGAAGGCACCUGACAAUCAUGACACUGGCAUCAACCUUUUAUUAGAAAGUUGCAAUUAGUUGAUGUUAUGGAAAGGAAGAAGACUAAUUACUUCUUUUCCUCAAGUCGAAAAAAUUAAUAACAAAAAUAUGAAAAACAUCCACAUCGAAGACGACGAUAUUAACUCUUUAGGCCUAAGUAAUAACAUAUGUUUUAGUGUUUUCAAAGAAGAAAGACGUUGAGUUUGCAAAACUACGCAUCUUGGACGUUGUGCUCUCUGGUGGGAAGCAGAGGGUUUUAGGGCGAGAGACAGCUCUUCUUUCAUUAUGCAAAACCAACUGUUUGUUUGGGAUUUCAGUGCAGCUGUAUCUUAUUGGAAGUUUAUUCUUGCUAAAUUUAUUCCUGUCAUUGUUCCUGUUCCUAUUGUUAAAUUUUUCCCUUUGGAAAAAUUUAUCAAUUUUCCCCGAAUAUCGAUUGCAAACAAUUUACGAGCACUUCGCAUUGAUAACAUUAUCAUUUUAAUUAAAGCGAGAACUUUAUUAGAAAAAAUUAUUUCAAAUAUUCCGCAAAUAUAGCUAGGGAAGAAGACGGAGAAGCGUAAAAGAAAAAAAAAACCCAUUACAAGAAUAAACAGGAAUACUGGAACCACUAUAUUUGUUAACUUGAAACGGCAUCUGAUGGUUUCACUAAAUAUAACACGGACACAACAUAAUGUUUACAUAGUUUGCUAUCUAUGUUUGGGGCCAGGGAAAACCUGAUAAUACAAAGACGUGUAAAGCCAGAGAAUCGAAAUGUUAUAUCCAAAAUACGGAUUGAGUAGACAAAAGAGAAUAUAAGAGGGAGAGAAAAAAAGAACAAAAGGAAAAAAACGAAAGAUAAAAAAAGAGAGAAAAAUAUUGAGAUAAUAAUGAGAGCUUUUGACGGUUCACAGUUCUUAUUUACUUAGAAGAAAUUAAGUAUCGAUGACAAAGAAGACAUGAUAAGACUUUAAUUACUUGUGGAGCUGAGCAUAGUUUAAACACACCAGUCGUAAAAAUCAUUUGCGCCAUGCUUACCGUUCGUAUCUGUAUGAUUCUAUCAUGCCCAAUGGUGAUCAAGUCUAUGACAUCAAAAGGUAAUUUCAAGCAAAUUUAUUCUCACCUACAGCAAUGUAGUUUAUCAGUUCCUUUGUACGGGUCAAUAAGUCGUUUUUACUUACAGCUCAGUCCGCUCAUUUUAACUGCCGGCUUAUUUUGGACUCUCUUAUAUUUUCUUGACUUUCUUGUGGGGUUUGUUGGCGAAAAAGGCAUAUUGAUUCGUCCAAAUUGAUGUAAAACCAUCGAUAAAAAACACUAGAGUUAUGAGUAGGAUUAUAAUUAUUAACAAAAAGAUGAUCAAUUGCUUUCCUUUAAAACGAUCUAGUGUGACACUGACAUUUGCAUUUUUUCCCCUCUCUUCAAAAAGAUAAGGAUAAUCUACUUGGCUAUAAAUGCUUCUUAAUCUCUGACAUGAUUGGAAGUUUUCGUUUUAGCUUCUUUCUUAAGCAUUCGAGAAAGUGUGCUAGCCGAAAAACUGAAGGCUCUAAGUCGAUCUGUGGGUGAUCAUGAUGUACAAGAAAGCUCGCAACGCUUCUAAUUUACAGAACGUCGAGUAGUUAUGCUUUCAGCGAAAUAGAUAUGCGUCAUUGACCUAACGUGAGGGAAAGGUGGCUGGAUAUCGGCCGAGACAAAGUCAAUGUCCAUAAAAACGCAAAAUUAGAACAAGGCUUGUGGGAUUUAGAACAUCGGAAAAAGAAAAAGAUUCCACCUCAAUAAGAAUCAAGUAUGAUUUGUGUAUUUUCGAACGUUGGGAAAGAAAGCCAACAGUGAUGGCGCUUGCACGUUUUUUAUUCAACAACUUAUAAAAUCAAGGGAUUAAAUGGGUUACUUUGUACUUUUAAAAAGACUGAAUCAGAGGAAAUUCAGUUCUUGCUCGGUGAGACUCCUUGUUUUCUGAGGGACAAAAUCGCUUCCAUGCUUUGAUAUCGCUUUGUUUUUUUAUUUUAUUUUAUUUUGUUAUUUUCCACUCUUUGUAGCACAAUUGCCUUAAAGUGAUUGCUCAUGUUUUCUUUGUUUGCUUGUCCUCUGCUGUUUGUUUGUUUGUUUUUUUUUGCGACUCCAUUGCCGAAAUUGUCGAAGACAAACUGCGAACUUUGUAGGUUCUCUCCAGGCAAUUUUUUAUUGCGCAGGACCAAAGAGGCCAAUUUCAAGCGGGAGAGAUUGGCCUGUCUUGCCUACUCGGCUAGCCAAUCAGAACACCGGAUUAGCUUGAUAUUACCCAUGGGUGUUGCCAGCUAUAUUAUAAGUUCAGAUUCACAAAGUCGUUAAUUCAUUUCCAUUACAUUCUCAACUUUGAAGACUUCUCUGAAGCAGACCAAUGCCGUCAGUUGAAAUUCCGGCCUGAAAAAGCAUUUGACAGCAAACGCUUAAUAAACCACCUGGUUCGCAUCACUGAAGUCAUGGUAAUGGAGUUCUGUGAAACAAUGUGUUAUAUGGAACCCAACUGCGUCAGUAUCAAUAUUGAUAAACGAGUGGAUGGAAAAGGAAAGUACAAAUGUGAAUUGAAUAAUGUUACUCACGAAGGUCACAAUCACGAACUGAUAGAAAACGGAAAUUAUUUUUACCAUGCAGCUGAGGCAAGUAAAUUGUCUAUGUAACCUCAUUUACAGUGUGUACAUUUUUUUUUUGACAGAUAUACGGUGCAGGCUUACACGUAGGGUUACCCUAUAUAUUUAGGCUUUGUAAAUUUUGUUUGUGAAUUUAUACCUCUACUGAACAUCACUGUCAUUGCAAGUUAACAAGUGGUACCUCGCCGCCUCAAAAGACAUAAUUGUAUUACUGAAAAGUUUACUUUAUUCCCCUCGGGUCAGAGCGCUUGUGUAAACAACCCAUGCAAGAACAACGCCACUUGUCAAAGCGGUUUUACCGACAAAGGAUAUCACUGUUUGUGUACUGCUGGAUUUAAGGGCUCGACAUGUGAUGAAGGUGAAAUGUUCUCUUAUUAUCUAUUUUACCUGGUGCUAUACUACCUCUACGUUUACGUGUAUGGGCAGAAAUGUUAAGAAUACCCUUUCUUCCCCCUAAAUGCAUCCUCUUCUGCCUUUCAGAUACAGAUGAAUGUGCUAUCUGUACAUAUUUUUAUGCGCUAUCUAUAUAUUUUUCGACUGCUUCUUAUUUUUAAAUGAGAAACAAGAAUAUCAAGCAAUUUCAUUCCUCAAUAGGACGUUAACAAUUUUCUUCGAUUAACUUUUGGAAUACCUUUUCAGAUAUCGAUGAAUGUACUAUUGGAAAUCACGACUGUGGUACCAAUGCCGUGUGCAACAACACCAAGGGAUCGUACAAUUGCACAUGCAUAACUGAUUAUUUGGGAGAUGGAAAGAAAUGCAUUAGAAAGGGUGACCCUUUAUGCAAGAUACACCUUAGCUCCACCUUUUUAAUUAUUUAUUAAGUCUAUAAGCGUAAAAAAUCACUGUCACUUAUAUAUAUAGUUUCCAAAGACGGACGUUAUCAUGAUUAUCAAAAAAUUGCAGACUAACGCUAGCGAAGCGAACGAGUGAUAUGGAGUAUAAUAAAAUCAGAUUAGGACAAGAAAGUUCAUUCAAAUCCACUGCCAUUUUAAACAAAAUACUGUAGUUGGUGAAGCUACAGUACCAACAACUUUCCAAAGCCAGUGUAAGAGGUGUCACUUUUUUUUGUUUGCAAAAAAGCUUAUUUAUAUGUCUAUUUAUAGGUCUAUUUUUUCUUUCUCUUUUACUAUUGUCUUACAAAUUUGGACAUUUAGUUUCUACGUGCAAGGAAGUUUAUGACAGGAACACGUGAGUUAAUGUUUGAUUUAAGAUAACACUUAGAUAUCAUUGUAAAAUCAGACAAUUAACUUAUAGAAGUAAACUGAUAAGAUAUUAAACGACUGUGAAUAUAUGAAAGUCAUAUAUAUUUGAACUGCGGAUAAAGGCAUGCAUAUGAAAGAGAUCUUCGCACUUAUGAGCACUACUUGAGCAGUAGUGAAAACAAGGUCUGCUGAGAUAUUUUUAUUAGCUUUUUUUCAUUGUGAAAAACUCUUUUUUAGGGGGAGUUUUAUUUUUAUUCCUUUUCGGUCAACUUUUGGCAGGGGUAUAAAUAUCGAGCAAAAUAUUUUUUCUUUUUAAAUUUGCUUUCAAUAGUGUGGUUUGAUAUAUCAAAUGAAUAUGGAAGAAAAAGAUUGUAAAAAAAGAAAAAAAGAUUGAUGUCGCUUGUCAAUUGUCCCCGACGUUUCGUCCAUUAUUGGGAAAAUGUUAAAAUUCAUAUAUAAACUUUACUGUACUUCGUGUACUAGAGAACGACAUCUCUCGAGUUUAAUAUCAGUGGUAUAAUUUCAGUUUUAUUAAUAUCUCACGUGCAAGUACAUUCGAUAACACAAUUUUUUUCAACAGAUCGACUGUGGAUAAACUGGUGACAUUGCACAUUGAUUCAAAACCAAUUUCCGUGUUCUGUCAUAUGAAAAUCGAUGGAUGUGGCAAUGGAGGAUGGACGCCAGUCAUGAAAAUCGAUGGUGAUAAGGUCUUGUUCCUUUUUCAUAUGUCUAUUAUUAUUUUAUAAAACGGCUCGUUUUCUUCCUCGUUCGACACAUUCAUAAAAAUUUACCCCAUAGCCAGUACCUUCAACAUACAGCUAGAGUUGACUAUGCCCAUUUCGUUUAAUUCGCCUUUUUAAGCUCAUUAAUUAUCUAUUAAUUUAUUUGUUUUUUUAAACGUAUUUAUUUAAGGACACCUUCCACUUUGGCUCACACUACUGGACUGAUAAGAACGAAUACAGCCCCUUUGGCGGACAGACUGCGUUUGAUAGGCAAGAGACCAAGUUAUCGACUUACUGGAACACGACCUUCUCUAAGAUCUGUCUCGGUAUGAAGAUCGACCAACAGCUCAAGUUCAUCGUCAUCAAAAAAAAGGCCGACUCUCUAUACUCGCUGAUUGCGGACGAAAGAUAUCGAAGCACAUCACUGGGUCGCGAGAAAUGGAAGGCGUUGAUUGGUUCGAAGGGUUCCCUACAACUCCGUUGUAACAAGGAAGGCUUUAAUGCUGUCUCUAAUGAACGUCAUUCUAGAGCUAGAAUUGGAAUACUUGGUAACAAUGAAAAUGAGUGCAAUACUUGUGAUUCCAGAAUUGGGUUUGGUACUGGGGGUGAUCCUGAUAACUCUAUAACAUGUGGAAAUGCAGCCUCAUGGCUUUAUGGGUCGGAUAAUGGAAAAAGUGAUAUCAGAACAAUGGGGUACAUCUUAGUGCAGUAGAAAGGCACUACUCGUGCACGAAACGAUAAAAUGGUGUUACUGGAACCUUAAACGGCCGGGAAUCAUUAUUAGGGCAAUAAAAUUGCACAUGAAUGAAUAGGUGGAUGGACAUAUCAGGACGAGUACGUAAAUAAAAGUCGAAAAAAAGGAAUCAGUCAUUACAUAAGUACCCUGAAUGUCUAACUUUAAGAAUCAAGUUAUAAGAUACUUUGAGAUUUAAUGAUUUUUCCUUUAAUCAGCAAAGAGAUGUAGAUCUUUUAAAAUGAGAUAUUUGAUCAAAUUUGAUAUCAAGCUUUAGGUGUAGCAUGUCUAAAAUUAAAAUUCACUUUAUUGGAGUUUUGGUUGCCCAAAACUUGAGGUAUACUGUGCUUUAAAGUUCUUUGUUAUAUUGGCGAAGCUUACCAACAUGUUAAUUAUAUCGGCGAAGCCUACCGACAUGUUAAUUCCAUGAUAAUCUAAAUUCAUAAUUAGUCCAUAGAAUGGAAGGAAUAUUUAGACAUUUUCUAAAUGACUCUUGGAUUAUAAGACAGCAGGUAAGCUUAGAAUCGCAAACAGCUUACAGAAUAUCACUCAAAAUACCAGCGCAAAAAGAAAUUACACCAUCCCAAGAAAUUUUUUGUCUUCCUUUGAAUCUACUGCGAAUUUGAACACACAGGGCAUUUCUUUUCAAUGCUAGAUACUGCAAGUGAGGGAAACAGGAAAUCGCGAUAAGCUUUAACCAGUUAUUUGCCAGUUUGUCACAGUUUUCAUUAAUAUUGACAAGUUACCGCUAUUCAAUGUCACAGGUCAUUUUUGCUUCAUGUUGAGUUAUCUCUUAAGAUAAUUAAGGAAACCUUGUUAUAAUGAUUCUUAGAAAAUGGGUGGAACCUCUGAAAGAGUCUCAAUGGGGCGAUGACUUUUACGGCUAAGGGUUAAACUUUUGACCAUUUAACGGCUAACAGUUAAUAUAGUUUCAUUGUUGUCAAUACAAUUUUCUUCAGCGGUUCACAUAUUUAAAAAACUUUUUAAAGACUACUGGUUAAACAAUUUCAAUUUACGCCCAACGUCUUAAUAUGUUGGCCGUUUUACGGCAAACGGUUAACACCAUUCAGAUUCUACUGUGAAGAACGACUUUAAUUAACGACGGCGAAGAUUCACAUGGAUUGCACAUCACAAUUUCCUUCAAAAAAGUUAGCGAUAAUUCGUUACCUUUCCAGCAAAAAAACAAAACAAACUAAAACCAAGCCAAAACAAAACAAAAAGACAAAGCAGGAAAUAUUAAGAAAGGAAAAAAAAUAAUCUAGUGAUGUAUUUUUCAUGGAUCCCGUAUUCCAAUAGCAGCAACAGCUAUAAGAGGCAAUAAAAUAAAAAAUAAUCUAUGUCAAAACUCAAGAAAUUUCCAGUCAUUUUCUGAUAGAGACCAUAUAUCCAUUAACCUAUUGUUGUUUUAAUGAAAAUGUGAGAGUCCUCCAUCUGUUUCGUCUCAGCAGGACUGUUAUUUCUUUCUACUCCAGACCGAGCAUAACCUGUCAUACUUUUAUGGACAAACCAUUCAGAUAUUCAAAAAUAAUUGAAUAGACUUUGUCACUUCUAGUUUUUUUCAAUCUUCUCCAAGGUUGAUAUUCGUGGCAGGUUUUAUGAUAUGACAUUUGAGGGGCAUAGAAAUUCCCACAAGGAAGCGAAGUCACCAAAUUUUCACGUAUUUGACGCCACUCUAUGGAAAAUUGAGAACAAUUAUUUAGGAAACUCUGACCGCAAUAUACACUCAUUUAUUAUGCUAAGAAGAGCACCAGAUAGUAUGCGUCAAAUAGAUCAUUAUGUAUGCAGGUUAGCUUUUUCAUAAUCAGAGUCUUGCCUGCGUGAACGAAGGCCGUUUCUGACAAAUAUAAAAUCUACAUAUGAAACAUAUAAAAUAUCAUAUCGCUUAGAAGAAACUGCAAUCGAGGCCUUUCGCGUGAUAAUAGCUGAAACAAUAAACACUAAAUAAAUCAUGAUUGACGAAAACUGUUACACCGUAACUAUAAUUCUACAGGUUAAGGAUGACGUAUAAAUGACAGGGAUAAUUGAUAAGCUUCAACGGUAUAUUUCGUUAAGCAAGAGUAAAUGUAUCGAAUAAAUGCUGAACAAUUUGGCUAUGGAUACCGUUUUUAUCUGCGUUCUUUUGAUGAAACUUUGCGUCAUGAACCUCAGGGCUGUUGAAUCACAGGGUUAGUAUCGACAAAAAUCAUAUUACGUCUUAACAAUGUAGCGCUUUUCCUGUUGUUGGCAUAUGGACUUAAGUUAUGACUCUGGCUUUGUUAUUGUGUUUGUUUUGGUUUUUUAUUUGUUUAACGAGAUGUUUAAGUACAAUUCUUUCGAAAUAAUUUGUUACGAUGGCGCCCAUCCUAUGAAACUUUUGCAGCUAUCUGCAUCGAUCCUGUGGAAUUUUUGCAGCUAUCUGUCUGCAUCGAUCCAAUAUACUUUCGCGGUUUAAGUCCCUAGAUCGACUUCGAUAGGUAAUCUUCCCCCUAUUGCCCAAUGUUCUGUCAUCAAUGAUUUAGAUGCUAUUGAAAAAGUGAAUAGACAACCUUUUUUCAGUGGGAUUAAGUGAAAAGAAGCUGUUUUUGCGACUUUUGGGACUAAAAACGAUGAAGUCCCUGUUUUUGACUUAUCGUUAAGGUUGCGCAAUCGAUAUUCAGCCCGCGAGUCUUGAAGACGUUUUAAGGAUUUCUCCUCUUAAUGCCGAAAUAAAAUCUUGAAAUCUUUCGAGAGAACAGUGCAGAUCCUUGACGCUGCAGCAGAUUAGGCUCACUUUGAGGAAACUGCACAGUUUACCGACUAAAACUAUUUUGGAACAUCGCUAAGUCUGGAAUGGCUGCUUUACAACUGCUCUGAAAUUACUUCUACACCAUAACGUAGUUCUUCGAUAUCAAUUUUACGGAACUUUACCUUACCCCGAAAGAUUCAAUUAAUUAAUUUGGGAUUGUGUGCAGUGUCGAUCCUAGUAUUCCAUCGCCUACGUUCCAGCACGUCAAAGAUGGCAUGAAAAAGCAACCUCCUAGCGCUCAAAAAGCGUAUUGCAUUGUCUCUCUCGUCGUUAAUUAUUUCAAUGCGGGCGGUAAACAUCUAUCCGCUUCUAGAGCCGAAAUAAACCUUAUGUUUAAUUAAGAGUGAAAAGAGACGUUUCCAAAUUUAACCUGCGCAGUAUGAGCAGAACUCUGAAGGAUAUUGAGCCAUGUAAUGGGUUGUGAGAGAUGAUUUCUUUAUAAAUAGAUGUAAGAUUCGUAUUUUAUCGUUGUUAAUCUAAAACACAUUACUGAAACCCUUUAUCUCUUUAGAAUACUGUGAUGCGGACCAAUGCCGUCAUUUGGAGUUCGGGCCUGAAAAAGCUUUUAACGGGAAACGUCUUAAAAACCACGUGAUCCGCGCCGUCGAAGUUAUGGUGAAGGAGUUCUGCGAAACAGUGUGUUAUAUGGAACCCGACUGUGUCAGUAUCAAUCUUGAGAAAGGAGUGGAUGGUAAUGGGAAAUACAAAUGUGAAUUGAAUAAUGUCACACACGAAGGACACGAAGGCGACUUGAUUGAGGAGGAAAACUACUUCUAUCACGCGGCUGAGGUAACUGUAAUUUAGCCAGAAGGGCUCUAGGUCAACACUUCAUCACAAAAAAGAAGGUCCUCUUUAUUUUCCCCCGUUUUAUCUCGCCGAUCACCUCUGUUAACCUUUCAUUUUUCUUUUUUAACAAUAUUUGCUUAUGUUUGUGGAUUAAUAGUCGGUUUACAAGUUUCAUUACAAUCUCAAUUUUUUCCCUUGCAAAUCUGUAUUGCCUGAUCUCUAAGAAAUUAUAUUUUUGAUAAAAACAGCCUAAAAGAAGCAGCGUUUUUUUCGUAUGGUUCGAUUCGUUGUAGAGUGCUUGCGUCAAGAAUCCAUGCAAGAAUAACGCCAUUUGUCAAAGCGGUUUUACCAACAAAGGUUACCGCUGCUUGUGUACAACUGGAUUCAGGGGCCAAACUUGCGAUGAAGGUAUGAUAACGCUGAUUCCUUAAAGUGACUUUGUACACACCUGUACAUGUAAACCUAGAUAUAAGGAAGAUUGACAAACUUGCAAAUUCUGAUAUUGACCCCAUCCUUAUUUGAAGAAUUCAAAAUUUUAAGUAUACAAUAAGUGGCAAAAGUCUUGGCACGCUCUACUACUUUUUGUUUUUUUCUAUAACUUUCAUUUAUCCCCCUAUUGCAAUGUUGUCUUGUGCUGGUGUUGAUGUUGUCAAAAUGGUGACCACCUGGGAACGUUGUUGUUGCUGUUGUUUUCUUUUUUUCUUCAAGAAUUUCAAGAUUUUUAUUUUAUUAUUAUGUUGAGUUGAGGGCUGUCAACCACCCACCAAUGAGAGGCAUGCCAGCUGCUUUUGUCUCUUAUUAUAGAAAUGAAUAAAACAGCCUGGCCACCUAACGAAAUAAUAGAUAUAUCAUAGCAUGUCAUAACUUCUGUGAUGGAUAUUUAGGAACGUAGGAUUCAACAAAACGCACCAUCAUCCAACUGAUUUUGAGGCAGUUCUGAAGCUAUGAACAUAUUUUCAGAUAUCAACGAGUGUACUGAGGCUGCACACAACUGCAAGCCCACCCAUCAGUGCGAAAAUAGCAAGGGAACUUACAAUUGCAUUUGUCCACCUGGAUAUUAUGGAGAGAAUUGCGAUACUUCGGGUAAUGCAAAACAGAACACAGAUAAUUUGAUAAUAGGCUAUCAUUUUUUUACUAAGAUCGGAAGAGAGGAACAUUCUAAAGAGCAGUUUGACCUGAAGCGAAUGAGUCAGGCUUAAUAUCCUGACAGUGGGGUGUGGACACGCUUUCCGUGAGGAUGUUAGCUCUUUAUGCAUAUUCUAUGCAUAUUCUCUCUACUAUCCUCCACACACUUUCUGAGGUGCUGACAAGUAGAACCUCUAAAAUAAUCAAAGACUUCUUUAGAAUGCGAUCGUUAUCUUUACUCACCUAACCUUAAUGUGUGAUUCAGAGGUAAUUUUGUAAUGGGAAUUUGGAUGCAAAUCACUCUUAAAGGUCGAAGGGAUGAGCGGUUAUCCGACAGCCAAUGUGGAACUGAGGCUGUGUUUACACUGGAAUCAAUAUUCAAAGAACAAAAAAAGGGGUUGCAUUUAGCUUUAUUUAAAAUUCUAAGUCAUAUUAAGUUAAUUGUUAUUCAUUAGAAUUAUAAAAAGUUCGAUUGGUCGAGAACAUUCAAUGAAUAUACAAGAGGGUUUGAAGUUGUCGUGAUGAAUAAAUAUAUACGGUAGACUUAUAGUCUACCUAGCUUCCAAGCCAUCGUCCGUGGAGUGCAUCUCAUCGAACUUUUGCAUCAGCUCUUGGCUUUAGAGAUAAUUCAGACCUGGGUUAUGAGGAUUCAUAAUAUCAUGCUCAACCUCAUCAAUAAUCGUUUAAUAUUGUAGUCAUUAGAAACUUUUGACUACGUUUCGAUACUUUUGUUCUUGCAGCUUCGAGUUGUAGAGAGGCUUAUGAAAAGGACAUGUAAGUUAACGAAAAGAAGGGAAGAAUAAAGAUUAUAGUUGACAAUACAUAGGUAGAUAAAUAAUAAAAAUGCCGCUGUACGUAGAGGCUACGAGAAAAAAGUUUGGUAAGGCUCUUUUGAAAAAGCUGAGAGCAAAGAAAGAAGAAUGGAAAAGCGAGCUUGUAUAAUUUCUUGUUGGAGUUUGAAAAGUAGACACUAUUAAAAGAUCAGAUGUUUUCAAUCUCGUGUCUCACUUUGUCAUGGAAAACUGGCUUGCUUACGGCAUCUUAAGCCUGUUAGCCGGUUAUGCAAUGCAAUCUGUUGUAAGUUGCCGAGGAGCGAAACGGUAAAGUACUCGUGCAAUAUACCAGUUCUUUUGAUGGGCCAGUUUAAAGUUUAAUUAUUCACUACUGUCAUAUUUGUAUUCAAGUUUAUGGCGUAAAUUUACACUCAGUCCAACAUUGCGUUUGUCAUUAGAAAUCAAUCACUGGGACAUACAAUCAUCUGUCAUCCGUUUUGUUUUUCACUACGAUAAAAAAGUAACAAUUUAUUGUCAAAGUAUUCUUACUGUUGUACGCUAUAUUCUAUACGGUUAUCUCUUCAGAACUAAAGAAAGUGGUGAGGUUACGUUGCUCAUUGAUUUUAAACCAAUACUCAUUUUCUGCCACAUGGAAAAUUUUGGGUGUGGAGAUGGAGGAUGGACGCUGGUCAUGAAGAUUGAUGGAACGAAGGUCACUCUCUCUCACUUGCUCCUUUUAUGGUCUCAAUGUAAAAGAAUAAUAAUAAUAAUAAUAAUAAUAAUAAUAAUUAUAAUAAUAAUAAUAAUAAUAAACAAUCUUUAAGGAGGAAGCGCCCGUCACGUAAAUACGUGGUGUUCAGGGUGGUCCUCCGUAAAAAAUAAAAGGUAUUAAAAGCUUAAAUAAGAAAUACAAAUGUCACAGAUCUAAAAUAUAAAAUAUACGGCGUAUAUCUAAAAAUUUUUAUCCAUCAUUUAAAAUAUUUAUCCAUUAAGAAUCUUGUUAAGUUUUCCUUAAAAAUUCUGCAUGACAUUGACCUUCUUAAAAAUACUGGGAGGGACAUCCAGUCAUUUGUAAAACGGAUGUAGGACACCCUCUUUCCGAAUUCCGUUUUAGGUUUAGGCAGUCUAGGUAAGUAACCAUUUCUAGUGUUGUAGCCAUGCGAACUUCUCAAUGUCGAUUUAAAACUUUCAAAAUGUUGCGGAAUGUCUCUUUUGAUUGCAUUUUCUACGGUGGUACAACGAUGAAAUAGACGUCUUCCAGCCAGAGGAAGCCAAUUCAGACACUUCAGAGCUUCUGAAGAAGACAUCUUUCCUAAUUUAAUUUUCUUCGCAAAUUUGUUCUGAAAACUUUGCAAUUUUUCCAUUUCUGAUUUUAGACCGGGUUGAUCUCCCCACACUGUGUCGGCAUAGUCUAGGUGUGGCAGCAUUAGCCCAUUGUAGAAGGCUAUGCGAGUUCUAUUGUCUAACAUAUGAAAUAUGCGAUUAAACAAAGAAAGACGAUUAUCUAUUUUCUUCAGCAAAUUGCUGAUAUGUGGCUUCCAGCUCCAUUUUGCAUUCGUUGUUACUCCCAGAUAUUUGAAUGACUGCACGCGAUCGAUUUGUGUACCAUUUGGUUGCAACUCAAAGUCUUCAAAUAAGGAUAGCAUCCUUUUACUGCCUGCCAGCAUAAAUUUGGUCUUCUUGACAUUUAUAGUCAACCUGUUAUCAGUGUACUAGUUACUGAUUUCAGUGAAUUCACGUUCUAGAGCAAUUUGAAGUUCUUGACGUGUUGAUGCGUCACAAAAGAGACCAGCAUCAUCUGCAUACAAAAUCAUUCGGGUCUCUUUAACAGCAUUUGGCAGGCUAUUAAUGAACACAUUAAAUAGCAAGGAACCCAAAAUGCUGCCUUGUGGCACGCCAAGUGUGAUGGUAUGUGGCUCUGAUAAUUCUCCGUUUACCAAAAAACUUUGCUGUCUAUGAGCAAGAUAUGAUCUGAACCAUCUCAAAGAUCUUUCAGACAGUCCUAAAUGCUCGAGCUUGAGUAGUAGCACUUUGUGGUUCAGAGAGUCAAACACCUUGGAGAUAUCGACAAACAGUAGACCAGUUACUUUACCUUUGUCCACAGAUUGAAGAACCCAGUUGUUCAAUUGUGUGAUAGCUUGUUCAGUGCUAUGCCCACGCCUAAAGCCAUACUGAUGUUGAUACAGAAAAUCUAGCUGAUGUAGAUGGGCAUUCAACUGGGAAUGCACCACUGUUUCUACGACUUUACUCGAUACUGGCAACACAGAGAUAGGCCGAUAGUUCUCAACUUGCAGUUUAUCAUUAGACUUGUAUAAAAGAAUAACACGUGCAACUUUCCACAGAUCAGGGACAAUACCAUCGCUAAUUGAUUUGUUCACAAGAUAGGUGAUCGACUGAGCAAGCUCCGACUCAGAAUCUUUUAGCAGCCUUGCUGGAAUUCUGUUAAGUCCAGCUGCCUUAUUAACUUUCAAAGAAUGCAAAAUGCUUUGAACAGUGUUCUGUUCAACCCGUUGAAAGUCCAAGGUGGAUUUGAUAUUACUCUGCUUGUUUGCUUCUUUCACUGCUUCAUAUUUCUUCCAUGCGUCCUUACUCACAGGGCGCAAUCGACCAGCAACUUUGCUGCCAAUGGCAGCAAAAAACUUGUUGAAUUUUGUUGCUACGCUUUUUGGCUCCGAUACAAAACGUUUCUCGUCAUGUACUUGAAAAGGAGAGCCCCCUGGUUAUUAGAACCAAUCACGGAGUUUAGCGAGCGCCACAUGUCCUUAGGAUUCUCAGCUGACUCAAUUAGAUUUUUUUAGUGCAAUGCCUCCGCUGAUUUUAUCUUUCUGUUCGUAAAGUUUUUCAAUCUACGAUACUCAUUCCACUGUUCCUGAUUGCCAGAUCUCUUCGAAACUCUUAAUGCAUAGUCUCUUUCAGUCAUCAGCUCUUUAAGAUCAUUAGUGAUCCAAGGUUUAAACGCACGUUUUGUUCUAAUUCUCUUUAAAUUAGCAUGCUGGUUUGCAACAUCAAAAAAAAGGUUAUUCCAGGCGACUACAGCAUCAUUGAUAUCGUCAAAAGACUCUAUAACACUCCAGAGAACGCCAGCAAUGUCUCUCCGAAAAUGGUUUUUAUUGUAAUGUUUAAAAGAUCUUACGUCGCGGAUUUCCACGUGAGCUUUGCAAACUCCGGCUUUCUUUACUACGAAAGUAACAGAAUGAUCACUUGCACCGAAUUCCUGGACUCCAUGCGAGACAAUACGGCGAGUGUUAUUAACAAACACAAGAUCAAUUGCCGUACUUGUGAAUUCCGUCACGCGCGUGGGCUCUUUGACGAGUUGACUCAGACCAUGGAGACGAGUCGUUUGCAUUAAUUUUCUGGUAUAUUUGCAUGGUUUAAGGGGAAUAACAUCUGAGUUGAAAUCUCCCAUAAUGACCAAAUCCUUUACCAUUUCGUCGUCCAAUUUAGCGAGAAACUCCUGUUCCAGGCCUAAGAUAAAUUUCUCUUGAUUCAUACUUGGUUGGUUUAUACAUCACAGCAAAUAUCGUGUUCUUAGCCUUUUCUGGACAUAUUUCUACGCAUAUCAUUUCUAAACAGCCAGAUUCUAAGUCACUUCUCCGCUUGCUUGGCCAUUUGCUCCUUACAAAAACGGUGCAACCACCUCCAUUUCGAGUUCUAUCUUUUCUGUAGCAAGUAUAACCCGAAGGACAUAUCUUACUAUCGAGUAAUGUACAAUCCAGACGCGAUUCUGUCACCGCCAACACAUCCAAUGCUGCUUUCUCCAUUAGUACUUCGGCGUCGGGUAGUGUCCCGGCAAAGUUGCAAUAUUUACAUGAGCAAAUUUCAUUCCUCUCUUCUUAAGAUUUGCAUGAAGAUCUUUAUUUAUCCUUACACUGGGCUUUCCUUCUUUUACUCCUGUGUUAGUUGUUUUAUGUGACUUGCGGACCGGUGUAUCAAAGCCAGGCGAUAAACGAGUUAUGCAUUCCCAAGCCAGAGAAGGUUCGCAAAGUUUAUCAUAUUUCGUUCUCUUCAUACUUAUACACUUAGCAUGAAACCACUUGUCGCAUGAAUCGCAUUGUAUCGCCAUCUGAUUCUUUCGGCAUCCUUCGGCAAACAGCACAAGCAUCCGUCAUCGGCCCUGGAUCCUCCUGUAUAUCUCCUGCUAACAGAACCAUGUAAGUUGCGCAGACAGUGAUAUUUGCCAAUUUCAGUGCCGCCAUACGUUUCAAAGAUGGCGGCACAAGUGCUUCACGUAGGAACCUCCGAGUCGGACCAGAAUUUCGCGUUGGAUACUGCUUAAUAUCCAAACCCGUCGACACAAAGAUACUGCAGGACGUCUUAUCAAAACCACGGUUAGGUUUUAGAGAGUGUAGGACAAUUGUGAUAAGUAACCAAGCCAAGAAUAUCAGACAACAUCGAUAGCCCACCAUUAUUGCGCGGUGAUCAAGGAUGAUCUUGAAGUUGUGGUGUUCCUUGUGUUGAAAGGGCAAUCAAAUAUUAGUUGCUCAUCUUACAUAAAUCACAGAAAGAUGUUUCGCCUCAAUAUUCAAGCUUUAUCCAAAGCUUUAUCCCAAGCUUUAUCCCAACGUAUCUAAGACCUUUGAUCUCUUUCCUCCCUUUAUUCGAAACAUUAAAGAAAGUUUGGUAUUUCGUAAUGUAAUGCAAAUUGGUGGUGAUAAUGUCAUGCUUCUCUUUUCAAAUGCCUAUGACUAUUUUACAAAACGUCUCGUUUAUUCACUAAGUUCGACACAUCCAAAGAGUUUAACCCACCGCCAGUAGCUGCAGCAUGCAGUUUGGAUCGACUAUGUCCAUUUCGUUUUAUUUGCCUUUUGUUAAGCUUAUUUAAUUAUUCAUUAAUUCAUUUGUUCAUUCAUCGUAUUAAUUUCAGAACACCUUUCACUUUGACUCACACUACUGGACUGAUAAGAAGGAAUACAGCCCUUUUGGCGGACAGACCGCGUUUGACGAGCAGGAGACUAAGUUAUCGACUUAUUGGAACACGCCCUUUUCUAAGAUCUGUCUCGGUAUGAAGAUCGACCAACAGCCCAGAUUUAUCGUCAUCAACAAGCAGGUCGACUCUUUAUACUCGCUGAUUGCGGACGGAAUAUAUCGAAACACAUCACUGGGUCGUGAGAGAUGGAAGGCGUUGUUUGGUUCGAAGGGUUCCCUACAACGCCAUUGUGACAGGGAAGGCUUAAAUGCUGUCUCUGAUAGAGGUGAUCAUUCUAGAGCUAGAAUUGGAAUACUUGGUAACAAUGAAAAUGAGUGCAAAACUUGUGAUUCCAGAAUUGGGUUUGGUACUGGGGGAUAUCCUGAUAACUCUAUAACAUGUGGAAAUGCAGCCUCAUGGUUGUCUGGGUCGGCUGAUAAGGUAAAUUAUAUCCCAACAAUGGGGUACAUCUUAGUGCAGUAA